AUGGCUGAAUUAAACCUACGUUUGGCGGCGAGCAAUGCCAUCCAAAAAUCAGCAGAGAGAGUAAGACUCAAUGGUAAAAUCUGGGACACGUGUCAAUUAGAGCAGGAGCUGGCUGCCCUACGGUCCUACUUCACGAAAUUUGAGGUUAAUCAUGACAAAUUGGUUGCGAUUGCCACCAAGGAGGAAUUCGCUCUGCACGAAGAUCUGUGGGAUAAGGUAGAGGGCAUCUACAAUGAGGCAGUGGCAUUGGUCUCGCGUCAAUUGAAAGAAGCCACUUCAUCGCCGCCCGCCUCAUCGGUACAGGUUAGGGAGCAGCCGCAGUCUCAAUUGAAACUGGAUCCAUUGGUGGUCCCCAGUUUCGAUGGCCAACUACAUAAUUGGCUGGCAUUCAGAGACUUAUUCGAGUCGUUAAUACACAAACAGCAAUAUCCCGAAGCUUACAAUUUGGCAAAGUUACUGCAACCCAUUCCAGUGGAAUCGGUGCCCCUAAUUGGCAGUCAUUACUCCGGUGGGUAUGAGGAGGUCUGGAAGGCCUUGAACGACAGGUAUAAUAGCCGGCGGCACUUAGCCGAAGCCCAUGUAACUCGGUUGCUCAAUAUGAAGCCUACUACAGAAGACAGUCAAAAGGCAUUGUUGUCCGUUGUCGACCAGGUUAGAGAGUCUCUACGAGCAUUGCAGGUCAUGGAGCUACCGGUGAAUAGUUGGGACGCCAUUAUGGUGCCAAUUGUGGUAUCGAAGGUGCCCACCACGGUGCAGCGGCACUGGAAUAUGAGCCUUACAACACCGGACAUUCCCAACUUAGAAGACUUGCUAAAAUUUUUGGAAAAACGCGCUCAUAGCCUGGCUUGUGAUGGUGGGGCAAACUUUUCCAUUGCAACAGCUGGAGCUCGGCAGGAAAAAAAUCUCGGGCCCUACAAACUUAUCUUGUCAGAACAGAAGAGGGGCAAUGCAUUAGUUGCGGGGGCGAGCAUCGCGUCAUGCGCUGUCCUUAGUUGUUAG